AUGGCGAACAGUGACAAGAAGCUAAGGGAGUAUUCUCAUAGAAAUCAGAAACUGACUUCCUUGAAAGUAAAACAGGGCAAGCAAAAUAAUGAGGAAGCCAAUUUGGAAGAGCAAAUGAAUGCAAAUAUUAACCUUAGCAAAUAUAAUUUGAAUGAUUUACAAGAAUUGCUUGCCACAGCCACCUGCAGCUGGCUUCAGCCUAUUGAAGAAUUUCAGUAUCCAAUCCAACUCCCCACUGGAUUGUCAAGCCAAAUGAAAGACUUCAAUUACUCCAACGCUAUUGUUCUUGCUCCAGUGAUACCAAAUGCUCCAUUUAAUUAUAAAGAAUUCCAGCAAAUUUUGAGGGAAUUAGUGAUAGGUAUUUAUGUUAUGAAUCAACUUCCAUCUAUUUAUAUAGAUGGCAACUUUGAUCAUAGUUCCUCAUGCCUUCUGUCACCUGCUUAUCAUGAUACACUAAUUGGGCAAAUGUUGAUAAAUGUGGACUACACAAUGAAAGCACUGUGGCAUGGAGCUUACAUGCCAAAGGAAAAAAGGAUGCUCUUUUCAGAGUCCUGGCGCUCCAAUAUCAAUACAAAUGUUGAUGGAACUCCUGAGACAAAGGAAAAUAUAUCUUCUGAGUUUCUUAAAGCAGGACUUAUAGAUAUUUCAACUGAUCAUGAUUUUGAAGGAAUCUACAGUACUGAUGUACACACGGAUCCAACAUAUGAUCCCAACAGUUGUGCAGAGGUGGAGUUAUUUAUGAAAUAUGUGAACAAUGUUUUACUUCAAAUCAACCCCUACAUCAUAAGUGUUAAGCAACAUCAAAAUUUGUUCACAUAUGAUGCAGAUUUUGUUCUUGGUAAUGCUGUUAGACUUACAGAAGAAGAAAUUGAUCUAGUAAAAUAUCAGAGACUACAGCAGAGACUGAUUCUUCACAAGAAGCUUGUUGAAAAGUAUCUGACAAGGAAAGCAGAGGUCCACAGAGACAUCACUUAUCUCAAGUUAAUUGCCUUCCUUGUGCCAUUUUUUAUCGCACUGAAGGAGAAGAGGAAAAUUCCAGAUUUGAGCAGACUUCUACCUCCAUUUUCUGAUGAAAAGUUAAAAACAGAACGUGAGUUUCCACCCCUUCUUCUGGGCCCAGGCUUCAAAUGUAGACAUUUUCAGUACAAAACAAAUGAAUAUUUCCAUUUGCAUGGUGGAAUUGAAUUUGAUAUAGGAACUCCUGCAGUUGACGAUAUGCCUAGUGCUAUAAAGUUUGCCUUUGAUGAUAUCCAUUCCCAGGCUGUACACUAUCUGAAACAAUUAUUCAAUCCUGACAUGUUACUCAGAGGCCAAUAUACCAUGCCAAUUAUGCAGUUUGAUGGGAAAAGUUAUUAUGUAAUCUGUAUAGAACUAGAAAAUCUCCUUCAGAAAGCUCAGAAAUUUCGGUGGUGGAGAGCCAUGAGUGAAGCAGUUCAUAUGUUCAAAUCUAGCAAACUACCAUUAAAUGAAGGACAGAUAACUGAACGACUAAAGAAAAAAUUUGGUCCUAAAAAAGCUGCAAAAUGCAAGAAUUUACCCUUUGGUCUACUAUCCGUAACUGACAGUGGACUUGCUGCUGUCCUUUAUUCAUAUUGUCAGCAAAAUCCAAUGUCACAACUUGGAGUUGUGGAUGAAGCUGGCUAUGGACUUGUUCAUCAUGCUGCGAUACAUAACCAUGUGCCAAUUAUCUGUCAGCUGACCACAAUACGUCUGAAAUUCAAUCAGCCUCGCAGUGUUAAUUUUGUGAAUUCAGGUCAAACAGGUUUGCAUUUGGCAGCAAAGUGCGGUUCACUUGGUGUUCUGAAUUGCCUGAUAGCAUUGCGGGCAGAACAUACCAUGACUGAUGCACGAGGGUGGACAGCAAUGCACUUUGCCGCAUUUUUUGACAACAUUUCCUGCAUUAGAGUUCUGCAUAGAAAGGAUCCCAAACUGUUAGAGCUAGAGACAUCAGCUGAAUACCAUGCAACUCCAUUAUUACUUGCUACAAUGGCUGGUGCAUUUGAUGCACUUCAAUAUCUACUAUCUCUAGGAGCCAAUAUAUUAAAGACUGACAGUGAAGGGAACAAUGUUGUUCAUUUAGCAGCACUCUACUUCAACACUAAUAUUCUUACAUUCAUAAUUGAGCAGAAUAUCCCAGAGCUACACGUUUGGAAUCUUCUUAAAGGGAUGUUGCAGAGCAAUGACUAUCAAAAACAGGAAAUGGGGGCAAGAUCACUUGAAGUUCUGAGUGUGAUGAAAAAGCAGUACUGGGAAGCAAUUCAUUCCGCAGGUAGCAUUCCUCCUCUUAUAGAUCUGUUGAAGAGUAACCAUGAGACACUACAAUGUAUUGCUGCUGCUGUGCUGUGUAAUCUCUCCAUCUAUCUGCCGGCCUGUGAAUCAGUUAUUAAUUCUGGGAUCAUUCCAGUUCUUAUUUCAUUACUGUACAGUCAACAGCCAGAGCUUCAGUCACGUUGUUCUGUCAUUCUCUGUGAUAUUGCCCAGAUUGACAACAAUGCCAGUCUAAUUGCUUCCCUUGGUGCAAUUUCUCCGCUGGUGAAAAUUUUAAAUUCUGAGAUUGAAGAUGUGCUUAUCAAUGUAAUUAAAUUCAUUCAGAUAUUAUGCACCAACAAUCCAAACAAUCAGACCUUAGUGGCUAAGGAAGGAGCAAUUCCUCUGUUGGUGGAGCUUUUAAAUGUCCCAUCAGAAGAUCUGGUGAGCUGUGCUUCAGUUACUUUGGCUGAAAUUGCACGUGGAAAUCGAUUGAAUCAGGAUACAAUUGCAGCUGAAGGGGCGAUUCCAUCUCUGGUAAAAAUCCUCAGUGGACGGAAAAUUAAGAUGCAAUUAAAGGCUAUAGCAGCAGUGGAGGUUUUAGCUGACAAAAAUGCCGCAGUACAAAAAGAAUUUCUUGCUUUGUCUGCCGAUAAACACAUUUUGAAGCUUCUUAAGGUUUUUGAGAUUGAGAUCAGAGAACAGGCUGCAACAGCUAUUUGGGCUCUGGCAGGACAGACUUUGACACAACGAAAACGUAUGGCCAAGGAAAUUGGCUAUAAUUUGGUCAUUGAUCUUCUAUUAUCUUCAUCUGAUAAAAUGCACUAUGUUGCUUGCCAGGCAAUAAUUGCCCUGAGUGAGUGCAACAAGGAACAACAAAACAAAAUAUGUGCAGAAGAUGGAAUCCCUCCCUUGAUUCGACUUUUACGGAGCUCAAAUAUAUCUGUGCGCACAAUGUUGAGUGGCAUCACUGCCCUGGGUACCAUGUGUGUUGGUGUUGCACAUAAAAAUAAUCCAAUUAGUCAACAGAAGAUUGUAGAAGAGGGCGGCAUAAGUGUACUUCUCUAUUUGCUUUUUUCAACACAUUCUCCCCAAGUGCAGGUAGAAGCAAUCUACAGCUUGGCUUGCAUUAUGUUGGGAAAUAGUGAACUACAGAAGUUGUUAAAGGAGAAAAAAGGCUUUAACUACAAGACUGUAUUGAAUCACCUUAAAUAUGAUGAUGAAGAUGGUAUUUUAAGAGCAGGUGGAGCUCUAGCCCUCUGUGCAUUCAACAGUCCAAAGCAGCAACUUCUGAUACAUGAAUCUGGAGGCAUUCCUGCAUCAAUAUACCAGAAUUUUUUGCAAUCUGGAAAAGAAGUGGAUCGGGCCAAUGCUGCAUUUCAGAUGAUAAUACUAGCGAAGGUGAUCGUAGGUAUGGAUGAGGUCACACUAACAGCCACAGGCAUUGUAACUUUAGUUAAUCUUCUUAAAUCGGAAAAGUCAUUCACGAUUAUUGUAGUAGGUCAAUUGCUGUCUUCUCUUACGCAAACUCGAGCAGGUAUUACUGAUGCCAUGAUUACCAUGGGAGCAGUAGAGAACCUUUGUCCACAUUUAUAUGCUGAGAGGGAACAGGUCCGUGAGUCUUGUGCUACAGCUUUAGGAUACUUGAGUUUUAAUCGAGCUGCUCAUCGUCGCCUAUUGGUGGAAUGCAGGAAUCAUCCAGAAUUAUUUGACCUUUUAAUAUCUAACAUAAGUCCCGAUGGCAAAAUUUGCCAAGAGUUUAUAGAUGAAUUCGACGUGCAAAAACUAGUUGGCUUGCCAUCAGAGAGAUUGCAAUUAAUCGAAGGACAACUGGUUGUGGUCAGAGCAGAAGAGAAAGAGAGAACAAAAAUAACCACAUGUCCACAUGCAAAGAAGAAAGCUUUGGCUUUACAAACAAGGUCUACUCCCAGAUGA